AUGGCGUCCUGCUCCGUCAAUCUCGACAGGGCCCGCACGCUCUUCCUGCAGGCCGCUCCGGUGGACGCCGUGGUGCGUGCGUGCGCCGGGCACGAGACUGAGGCGGGGCAGCGCGCUCUUGCCAUGAUGGUGGUCGCCGAGCCAGCGCAGCGCCUGUGCCGGAGCUACCGGCGUCGCGUGCUGCGGGCGCUGCUGCGCUCUCUCGACGGGCACGAGAUCGACGAGGGGCUGGUGGUGGAGUACCUCGCCGCCGACUCGGCGGGCGGGCCGGAGCCUCCCCCUCCGUCGGGGGUCACCUUUGAGAUAAGCGGCUCGCGGCUGUUCCUCGAGACGAGCGACGCCUUUGGCGGCGGCGUCGAGACCAGCGGCCGACUGUGGCCAGCGGCGCCCGCGCUGGCCGCCUGGCUCCACGCCCACGCCGCGCAGCUGACCGCUGCGAGAGUGCUCGAGCUGGGCGCAGGUCCGGGCCUGUGCGGCCUCGCUCUCGCCUGCUGCGCCGAGGCGGAGCGCGUCACCCUGACCGACCUCGUGCCCGACGCGCUCCGCCGCCUCUCCUCGAGCGCCGCCGCCCUCGCGCCGCGCCUCUCCGGCCGCGUCUCUGUCGAGGCGCUCGACUGGCGCGACAACGAGUGGCGCGCCUGCGAGGCUGCUCUCCCCUCGCAACCACCGGCGGGCGCAGGCGGUGAGCGGCGCGUCGACCUCGUCAUCGCCAGCGACGUGGCGUACGACCCGCUCCUGCUCCGACACCUCUGCGACACGAUUGGCGCGGUGCUGAGAGUCUCGACCGCCGCAGCGCCGGCGCCCGCCCGCCCGCCGCGCGCGUGGCUGGUGGUGGAGCGGCGGAGCGAGGAGACGUUCGCGGCGCUCGCGGAGGCGCUUGCGGCGGCCGGCCUCGAGGUGUGCGACCGGAGCGAGCGGCUGCGUCGGGUGUGCGAGGCGCAGCUCACCUUUUACUGCGCGGAGGAGUCACUCCCGCGGAUGAUGCUACUCGAGUUGACGGCACCGCCUAAAAGAACUCGCGUGACGUUGUAG